AUGGAUCAAAAAACGUUAUCUUUCAUCAAUGAUAAACUGUUCACUGAGGUAAAGCCCGUACUUUUUACUGAUCUAAUUCAUCAUCUGAAGAUCGGUCCGUCCACGGCCAAGAAAUUGAUGUUUGGCUAUUACAAACAAACGACUAAUGCUAAGUACAAUUGUGUGGUGAUGUGCUGCUAUAAAAAUCAAACCAUAAAGAUCAUACAUGACGUUACCAAUAUUCCAGAUGAGGAUUCAAUAAUAGAUUGCUUCAUUUAUGCUUUCAAUCCAAUGGACACUUUUAUACCAUACUACGACAUCAUAGAUGAAGAGGGUUGCUUGACCAUUAAAAAUCCACAUGAACUCAGUGUUUCUGAAUCAUCGAGAGCUAUAGAAAGGGCCAAGACUCUGGAAGAGAAAUCCAAACCUUUGGCAAGGCCUACAGUAAGAUCAAAAACUACACCGGAAGAAACAACUGAUAAGAAGCCCAAAUCAAAAGAUAUGGGACUGAGGUCGACUGCACUACUGGCCAAGAUGAAGAAGGAUAGAGAUGAUAAGGAAGCAUCGAGACAGAAUGAACUACGGAAAAGAAGAGAGGAAAACGUGCAGAAAAUAAAUAAAAAGAACCCCGAAAGAGUAGCUCAAAUGGAGGAACUAAACAACCUUUUUGUCGAAGACGACCUAGAUGAUGAAGGGCCAGAUGAGAUGUCCUACUCCAGCUCACCGGAGAAAGCUGCCAUAGAUGAUAACGACAAGAACAAUAAUGAUUUAGAAGACCUGCUAGAAACAACGGCAGAAGAUUCAUUAAUGGAGGUGCCCAAAAUACAGCAAACGAACCUCUCCAAGACAGGGAUUUCAAAAGAACCUAAAACGGAGGAAGAAUCUUCUUCGUUUAUCGAUGAUGAUGGAUAUAUUGUCACGAAGAGGCCUGCAACUUCGACACCGCCACGUAGGCAAUCACCAGCGAUUAAAAGAGCAUUGUCUUCCUCCAAACAACAGGAAACACCAUCAUCAAACAAAAAAUUAAAGAAGCAAGGGACUUUAGAGAGCUUUUUUAAAAGAAAAGCAAAAUAG